UUUAAGUAUGAGCCGAGAACCAGACAAGCGGAAGUAAAGUAGCUGUCAGAACUACACGCAGAAUUCCAAGUUAUUUAUUUCGGACAAUUCCAGCAUGACGUUACAGUGGACAUUUAUAGCUGUGUUUCUAUAUGGAGAGAUUGGUCUAGUGUCACUCCUAUUGUUACCCUUCAUAUCACCAUCAAGAUGGCAGAGGGUCUUUCGUUCUGGACUGAUAAAUAAGCUGGCUGGAUAUUCCAAUAUCUAUUUCAAUGUUUUCAUAGCCAUACUUCUACUUCUGUUUUUUGAUGCUGCAAGAGAAGUGAGUAAAUAUGCAGGUCCUACAUCCGAGGUUGACAUGAAGCAUAACCCAGAACAGCAGAACCUUGCUCACAUGAAAUUGUUUCGAGCACAGAGAAAUCUAUAUAUAGCUGGUUUUGCACUUUUCUUGUGGUUUAUUAUUCGUAGACUGGUUACACUGAUUUCCCAGCAAGCACAGUUACAGGCACAGUCUGAAGCUAGUCAGAAACAGGCACAGUCUGCCUCUGAUGCUGCCAAGAAAUUAAUGGAAGAAAAAGAAAAUCUCUCAAAUAUGGCUAGAGCAGACGACACAGAUGUUGAUGCUAUUAAGAGGGAAAAAGAUUUGGCGCAGGAGCUAGAUGAAGUUAGACAAGAACUUUCUAAGACUAAGAAAGAGCUAGAUAAAAAGCAAUUAGAUUUUGACACUUUAAAAAAGCAGUCUGAAGGAACAAAUAAAGAAUAUGAUAGACUCCUGAAGGAAGUGGAGAAGUUACAGACGGCAGUAGAUGGAGGUUCUGAUAGCAAGAAAUCAAACUAAAUAAGAAAUUAAUCGCAGCUCAUGAAAGCAUUAACUUUAUGCCAUUUGACAUUUAGCUAAGUUUUACUUUUGUGAAGGUGUUUCUAUUUAUAGCACAUUUUGGAUUAGAGGUUAUGAAAAUUAGUUUGUAUGUUUAAAGUAUACCAGUCAAUGAUUGCAACCAUUUCAUUGGUCAAUUUGAAAUAUUUGAAUGAAAGUCAGCCAAUCAGAUCCUGACUUGUGUCUUAAAAUUUAUGAUCUUCAGAAUUACCAUAAGUUAAUGCUGUGUUAAAUAUGUUAA